CAAUAAUACAAAGGUUUAGUUUAGUAAUACUCCUCUUUUCUCUCCUCUUCUUGCACGUAAGAAACUCCCAGGAACAACCCAACGUUAGUUGUUGCCUAGGGUUUCUCGUUCCUUGUCCGCCAAGGUUCCUUAUCAUCUGGUGCUCUCAUUUCCGUUCUCAUGUCUACGCCAACGCCCGAGACUCCGGCCCAAGGCGCCAUCACCAUGGACGAUCUGUUACAAGCCAUCAACAACUUAAGCGCCGAACUCCAGACGACGAAAGGCCAGGUAGCGGCCUUAGCCGCAACAACUCAUGCCGAGCCUCGCUGGAACCGUCCUCCCGGCAUGGGGUGGCUACCACCACCGAAACGUCCUCAUAACGGUGGGCACAACACCGAGGCUAUUCCGCGCAUGCGCGUGGAGGCACCACGCUUCAACGGGGAUGAUCCGGCUGGUUGGAUUUUCUGGAUUCAAAAUUAUAUCGAUUAUUUUCUCACGCCGGAUGGUGAACGAUUGCAACUGGUUGCUAUGCUCCUUGAUUACCCGGCCUCGGAUUGGUUUCGUUACUACCAAACCAAUAAUUGUGGCACGAGUUGGGAAGCGUUUCUGAUUGCCGUGCGGCAACGCUUUGACCCAGAUUAUUAUGAAAAUUACAUUGGAUCACUCUCUAAAUUGCACUAGACCACUUCGGUCCUUGCCUACCAAUCCGCUUUUGAGACUAUCCUC